UCUCAGACCAGUAAAGGGUGUGGUGAUCCACCAGAGACCCCAGCCCCAACAGCACCAGAGACUAAGACAGAUGACACUCUUCCUGAUGUCCUCCCUCCUCUCUAUGAUGACAUCAAUACCCUCACUAGAGAGGUGUUUCUCUUUCAGCUCUCUUUUGUGCAUCUAAUGGAGCUUUAUGUCCACACACAGAAGGACAAGCCACUAUCAAUGCCUAUGUACCAUGUUUUGGAGGGUCCCACUCUUGUCGAUUCGACACCAGAGACACAGGAACAGGAGAGUUCAGUGACAGAUAUUCCACUUUACUCUGUGGUGGAAAAGAGUAAAAAGAAAAAGAAGGCAACUGUGUCGGCUGAUCCAGUUAGAGAUGUGAGCUAACUAGCUACAGUGUGGUUUAAAUGGUUGAAUAAGAAGUUUGACGAUAAGGCCCAUUAUCCUAUUUGUGCGUAACUCUGUUUUUCUCUAACAGCGUGGCUACAAACCCUGGAUUAUGAUGCUGUGGUGGAUUAGAGUAGAAUAAAAUAAGCAAAGCUUCUGCAUUGUGUCUUUUAGUAGUCCAUGGCUACUGCACGUGUUUCAAAUGUACUAAUUUUGCUUUCAACUUGUAUAUGUAAAUGACACAUCCAAUACUAUGCAGCUGCUACAUUUUUCUGCUCCAUUGUGUGUGUAUUUGUGCACAGCAGGAGGAGGAAAGAGAGGAGGAUAAGCUUGACGAACACAACACUUAGUGUCAAGUGCGAGUCUUGAAUGUGAUUGACAACUUCAGUAGUGUGAUUGUAAUCCAGGCCACAAGGUAUCACUUUGUUCAUAAUCAACUUAAUAUCAUCCACUUCAAUUUUAAUUUGCUUUGUAUUCAUCGAUCGUAGUUAACUCCAAUGUUGUG